AUGAGGCCACAGCGAUUGCCGAAGAAGUCUCUGGUCGAUACCUACCCGGAGAUCAUGAAGGAGGGAGGGGAGGAAGCUGUACAUAUGGUUGACUCGUUGGUCCAAUUUGACCCUGAGAAGAGACUUACUGUUGAGGAGGCGAUAUCGGACCCGUUCAUGGAACAGUUGCAUGACCCUAACGACGAGCCGGUGUUUGAGAGCGGCCCUGUAGAUCCUCAGGAAUUCGCCUUCGAGAGACGGAAGGUCGAUCGUGAUAUGCUCAGGAGCGAGCUACUCAAGGAGGUAUUUUGGUAUCAUCCACAUCUCGGCGAGGCGGGUUUGGGUCCAUUAAGGUCAUCCUAUGAUACGCCUUCUACAG